AUGGAACUACUAUCACUCCUUUUCUUUAUGUUCUUUAUCUUCUUAUAUUCUCUAUUUGAUUAUGCGACAACUCUCUCUUUUCUACACCGUCAUUUAUUUUCUAUCCUUACGAUAUUUUAUUUCCUAUUUUUGCGACAUCUUCUUCUUUGA